GAACAAAAAUGAGCGUCGGCAGUAUCGACUCUUCUUUCCAUGCAUCAUCGUAUCCUCAGGUCAGCGUACGCACGGUAGAGGGACAGGGAGGGCGGAAGGAUCGAGGGUUAUUUGCAGCCAGCGCUUUCGAGGCAGGACAGCUAAUUCUCAAAGAAAGCCCGAUCCUCCAUACGUCCCACCCCAUUGCACGGGCCUUCAUUCCUACGGCAGACCUAGAUAUCCCCCAUGACUGGCAGCGGCUUCUGUUUCUCUAUGCAACUCAUAGGAGAAGCAACCAAUUAUCUCAGGUUCUUGAUGGAAUAAUAGUCGAUCUGUCUAUGGACGGCGUCUGCUCAGACCUGGCUAGGGAGGCCGACCCGGACAGGGAGUCUGAAUUCCAGGAAUGGGCUCAGGAAUGGAUUAGCUGGUACCAUCAGCAAGGCGGUAGUGACGGUACUUCAUGGCAGCCGACUGCUGAAGAAAUUUUUCGUCUGAUCGCUAUCCUCGAAACCAACAGCCAUUCUCGGGACGAAGACGACAUGCGUGAUCUGCUGGAUCCUCGAACGGGUGUUGUCCCGACGAAUACAUCGGACACCAUGGACAUGGCUAUGACAAUGUCGGCAAGUACUGACGAACACGAGGAUGACGAAACGAAAGACGAAGCCUGCGGUCUCUGGAUAAUGGCUUCCAUGCUCAACCACAGCUGUCUGCCGAACUGCACGGUUUUCAUUCCGCCAACGAAGCGGACCGGCGACGAGGCCGCGUUGUACCUGCGCUGUAUCCGCCCUGUCUCCGCCGGCGAGGAGCUCCUGAUAAAUUAUCACGAUGAAGAGUAUCUACCUACGCUCGACCGUCAAGACAUCCUGCGCUCUCGCGGCUUUGACUGCCAGUGCCCUCUAUGCUCAGGUCGAGUCAGAGAGUACAUGAGGUCAGCGGCGUGCUCGAAUCUGGGAUGCAUAGGCGGCCAGGGUGUGUGCUGCCCAGUCAGGGCAAACGGGGAAAUACGCUGGAUCUGUGACCACUGCGGUGGAGCAUUAGACGCCCUUGCGAUCUCCGCGGUGGAGGCCAAGGAACAAGAAUGGAUGGGUCAAUGGGAGCAAAUUCUGGCUAUGACUAUCGGAGACAUCCCCGCCGAGCAAUGCACCCACCUUUUGGCAUACCAGGUCCUCCAGCAACUUUCGAGGUCAUGGGCCGUGUCCUUACCUGCCAACGGCGGGUCUAUAACACCGCCCUUUUUGCCCUUCCUCUCACCCCUGCACGUCACCCAUUCUCACGUGUACUCGUUCCUGAAGUACAUCCUCUUCGAGCAGAGCUUCUGGCUGCGGCAGCAGUUUGGAGAUGACGGGGUCCACGCUGUGCUCCUAUGCAUGCUCGCUGUUAUCGAGCGGGCCCUGAGCAGCCUCGGAGAUGGCGGACUGAGCCUCAACGUCAGUGAGGAGCGCAGGGUUCUUGGAUACUGGCUUGUCAAGGAGGCGCAGCGACGGCUUGAGCAAGCGGAGUUCCGAGGGGAGGAAGAAGUGAAUAGGUGGCGGGCUCUACAGGACCAGGGUCUGCUGAGAUGGGAGGUGGGCAUGCAGUACCUAUGCUCCCGCGAUUAAACAAGUCUACAAGCCGGAAGUAUUAUAAUACCAAUACAUCCAUCGUCCUGGCUAGGCGUGUCCUUGGUAGAUAUGCACGCCGACAGUAGUAACCCCACCGACCUACUUGCCUUGCGAUUGGGGAUUCAUCGAGACCCUAAUUCAUCUGACCCCGUG